CAUGUCCCUCAACUUUUAAAAUUAUGGCACUUAGGUUCAGAACCUUACGUAAUCGCUGACGCAGAGCCUGACCCAGCUGGUUUUCCUCUGUGGACGUCGUGGGAUCUUCAACUCACUGGAAAAAGAGCGGUUUGAUAUGAAAAGCGGUAGAAAGUUAGCAAUGGCUGAACAAUUUGAAAUGCCGCGAGUGAAACUUGGAACCCAAGGACUAGAGGUAUCAAAGUUAGGUUAUGGUUGUAUGGGGCUUUCAGGUAACUACAAUAAUCCAGUUCCUGAUGAGGAAGGAAUUGCGGUAAUUAAAGAGGCAUUUAGUAAAGGCAUUACGUUUUUUGACACUUCUAAUCUCUAUGGUGUGAACUAUGCCAACGAAUACUUGGUGGGAAAGGCACUAAAGCAGUUACCUCGAGAAAAGAUUGAGUUAGCUACAAAAUUUGGAGUAGCCGGAAUUACACCGACUGAGGUUAUAGUAAAAGGUUCACCGGAAUAUGCCCGUUCUUGCUGUGAAGAUAGUCUGAAGCGUCUUGAUGUGGAUUAUAUUGAUCUCUACUACAUACAUCGAAUUGAUAAGACUGUGCCUAUUGAAGCGACAAUGGGAGAACUUAAAAAACUUGUCAACGAGGGUAAAAUAAGAUAUAUUGGAUUAUCAGAAGCUAGCCCAGACACAAUAAGGAGGGCUCAUGCGGUUCAUCCCAUUAGUGCUCUACAAAUAGAAUAUUCCCUUUGGACUCGUGACAUUGAAGAAGAUAUAAUUCCAGUUUGCAGGGAACUUGGAAUUGGAAUAGUUCCAUAUAGUCCAAUAGGCAGAGGGUUUUUUGCUGGGAAGGCCAUAGUGGAAAAGGUGCAUCCAAAUAGUGCAUUGGAAAAUCACCCAAGGUUUACUGGAGAGAAUUUCGAUAAGAACAAGGCCAUUUAUUUUCGUAUAGAGAAGUUAGCUAAGAAACAUGGAUGCACUCCUGCUCAACUUGCUAUUUCAUGGGUUCUUCAUCAAGGAGAUGAUGUUGUACCUAUUCCGGGUACGACCAAAAUAAAAAAUCUCCAUGAAAAUAUUGGCUCCGUGAAAGUGAAACUUACCAAAGAUGAUUUGAAAGAGAUUUCUGAUGCAGUACCUGUCAAUGAAGUGGCAGGGAUAAAAACUCCCACAGAGGCUCUUGAAAGUUUCACGUGGAGAUAUGCCAAUACCCCACUCCCAAAAUGAACACAGAAAAAUGGAUAAAUGCUUAUAUCUUAUGUUUUGGAAGAAGAGAGAUUCGAAUUCUAGUUCCAUUUGCAACUUCUUCGACUUCAUGUUACCAUUUCUCGAGUCAACGAUGUAAGCAGUGUUUUUCUUGAGUAUGUGAUUUUAUACAAGGUACUACGAAUAAAGCGUGCUGUCGAGUGCUAUCUAUUAGUAGAGUCAUUGAAUAUUGUACUAUUUCUUCCAGCUUUGUAAUGUUCUUCUCUUAAUAGGUUUAAUAUCAACUAGGUUUCGGGUAAUUUGAACAUGCAUUCUUCGUAAUUAAGGAAGCGAAACUACCGGACAAUCUUCAA